ACCAAAAGAACUCCAAACUUUUUUGCUUGGUCCGAAAAUGGCACUUGGUUCAACUGCAGCACUCGUCUUGGUCGUGUUGGCUUUUGCUAGGGUUCAACUCUCAACUUGCCAGGUUGUCAAUGCCAAAAUCUCCUGCCUCGACUGCAAACAUAACUAUGACUUGUCGGGCAUCAAAGUUGCAGUGAAGUGUGAUAAAGUGAAGAAACUAGCCACUGCUACCACCCAAGAAAAUGGUGUUUUCAAAGUUGAGCUUCCGGCAACAUCUACGGACUGCCUCGCCAAGCUCCUGGGUGGACCGGAGCAGCUGUACGGAAAGAACAAGGACCUGGUGUCCAAGGUUGUGAAGGUGAGCCAUGACGCGAACUCUUACACCAUUUCCACUCCACUAGCUUUCACAACUUCAUGCCCUCUGGCUUCGGUUGAUGCUAAACCUUGUGGAGUGAGUUCAUCCAAGACCGUUGAUCUGCCACUUCCCCCGGAGUGGGGGCUUGCACCGUCCAGCUAUUACGUUCCUUUCAUCCCCAUCAUCGGUAUACCUUGAUGCUGCAUCUCGGUGGGUUCUUCAUUAAUAAGUACCUGGGAGAAAGACUUAUUAUGUGUUUAUAAUAAUAUAUAUAGUUUAUGAGUGCAGACUGUUGCCAGAUUUUCAGUAAUUUCUAUUAAUUAUGUGUAUUUAAAAGUGGAGAGCUUGGUGUAAUCUUUGUUCCUUGUUUAA